GUUAUACUGUUUUCACACAAAAUUUAAAUUUUCAUUUAAUCUAGUCCGUUCAAAUCUAUAAACUAAACGACGGAUCAUUAUUUUUUUUAACAACCCUGCUCUUCUCUCUCCUCCUAUCCUUCUCCGACUCAAGCAGAUACGCCGUUUGAGCGCCACCGUCGCCCCGGCAAGACCCACCAUCUCCCUCCUCAGCCGUGGCGGUCUCUUUUUGAAUAUUGCACUUCUUCUCUAGUCAAGACAGGUGAAAGCUGCUCAAGCAUGCGAAUCGGAUCGAUCCAUUUCCUUCCUCAAUUUACCGUUAAAAGUCCUUCAAUUACCGAAACUGGACCGAACACUUCUAGUGGGGCUCUCCCCAAUUUCUCAAAAUCGCUGGGAGUUUGCUUUCGAAGCAGAAAUUUGAUCAGAAGAUUGUGUUUGAGAACAGAAAAUGGGGGAUUUGAACAAAUCCCACAUGGAAUUGGGGAAAAAGACGCCAUUAUCAUCGUUGACCAUGGUUCCCGUCGCAAGGAAUCGAAUCUCAUGCUAAAUGAGUUUGUGACCAUGUUUAGACAGAGGACCGGAUAUGAAAUAGUGGAGCCUGCUCAUAUGGAGUUGGCAGAACCAUCAAUUCGGAACUCUUUUGAUAAAUGUGUUCAACUAGGGGCAAGUCGGGUUAUUGUGAGUCCAUUUUUUCUGUUUCCUGGAAGGCAUUGGCACCAGGAUAUUCCUUCGCUAACAGCUGAAGCUGCAAAGGAGCACUCUGGCGUGUCAUACAUCAUAACCGCACCUCUUGGCCUCCAUGAGCUACUCGUGGAUUUACAAAGUGGAGAAAAUCGAGCGAAAAAGAUAAAGAAGUCUAUGAAAAUCACCAUUUGUGUGGGUUGCAGCGCACUAGGAGCAAGCUACAGCCUGAGACAGACUAUAGAAAUCCAAAGGGUGCUACAGCGUGCCUGCCAACCAGCCAGCAAGGUCUCAACGCGCGUUACAGCGCGCAUUCAUGGGUUGCAGCGCGCGUAUGGAAAACCCUAGUCUUCUUUGAGGCGCGUUGCAGUGCGCAUGCAUGGGCUGCAGCGCGCCUAUCUUGGAUCUGAGAGUUUUGUGCCCAUUCUGGAGGUGAUAUAAAAGGAAGAAAAAAAAACCUAAAGACAGAGAGAGAGUCAGAAGGCGAAUCAAAAACUUGCUUGACUCUCAUAGCUGUUGUAUCUACUUGCAAGAUGGGUUUCUCCCAUAACCAUUAGGAGAAUCACUGUCAACGGCAACCUCAUGGUCUAGGCGAAAUAUGUCUCGUCUACUCGCGAGAUAUACAUAAAUAAUGAAUUUGAAAUGAAGGACUUUGAAAAAAUCAAAUACUGUCUUGGUUUUGUAGGUUGAGCAUCUUGAAAAUGGAAUACUUGUGCAUCAAUCAAAUUAUAAUAAAAAGGUCUUAAAACGCUCUAACAUAGA